UGUGACAUGUUCAAAGAGGCAGAGAGUAGUCUAGAUUAUUUUGGAGGUAGACGAACGGAUCUUAGUGUUGGUACAACAUUCCAAGGCGUGGAAACGCCAAGUCAGAGUAGAUAUGUUGGUUAUUAUGAGAAUGUAAAGAAAGACUACGAUGGAGAAUGUCCUCCAGUAAUUAACCUGAAAAUCACAAGUAUCAAAAUAACAGGCAUAAAUGAUAUUGGAAAAGGAGAUGGGUCAGAUUUAGCGACGGAAAUUUACAAGAACAAAGAAAAGGUCCAUACGGUGCAAUUUGAAAAACAAAUAAACUGUCAGAUUCGACAUAAUAAUUUGAAGAACCUGAUAGACGUUCAGAUAUUAAAUUGCCCAGACCUUUACAACGACACACUUCGAUUCACCUCACGCUCUUCAACAGUACCAAAGGUGUAUGAUAAUUGUGCAUUCUUCAUUUGGUUCCAUACAUCAUUCAUUGAAAAUAACAAAUUAUUAUUACGGAGAGAUGAACUCGAUAAUCCUCACAAAAAGAAGGUUCAGAAGAUAUACAAAGAUGACUUCUCAGUCGAAGUAGGAUUUGAAAAGAUAAGUUGAAGUAAAAGUUCGGAUCAGUUAUGAAGAUGAUAACGUGUCGAUGAUGGUAUUGUCAACAUAUAUUGGAAAGUAAAGACGACAUUUUGAUUGAGAGAACAGAAUGGAAGAAUCUUUGAUAUUUUCUAUCAAGAAAACUACAGACAAAGAGAGACAAUUUGUUGUGAAUCUCAUUAUAUCGAUCUGGUAGAGACAACGAGAAGGAACAAACUUCACUAGAAGAAAGUUAACGAAAUACAAUUUAAUCUGAUUUCAUUGUAAAUACUUUCCACGUUUGACCUGAUAUGGACAAAACCGGUUGCUCAGAAUUGUUUUAUAUG